CUGCCCCACCGUCAAUUGCCUUUCCUGUCGCGCCGCACGUCCAUGCGAGCUACGCAGUCUCGACGAAAGCCAAUUCGCCAUCAUGGGAAAGAAGAAUGGUGAAGACGAGGCCGUGGCCAACCACGUCUCGGGCCAGGCUAACACCCCCAUGAGCAAGCCCGCGCACGCCCUCACCUUUGAGGAGGUCGCUAGCGAGCUCGGCGCUGACGUACAGAACGGUCUCACCAAUGACGAGCACAAGACGCGCCUGGAGAAGUACGGGCGCAAUGAGUUUGGUGAGACGCAGGGCGUGCAGCCAGUCCGCAUCUUUGUCGGUCAGAUUGCCAACGCCUUGACCAUGGUUCUCAUUCUCGCUACUGGCGCCUCUUUCGGUAUCAAGUCAUGGAUUGAAGGUGGUGUGCUUGUCGCCGUCAUCGCCCUCAACAUCUCCGUCGGCUUCGUGCAGGAAUACAAGGCUGCCAAGACCAUGGACUCCCUUCGCUCUCUGUCGUCUCCCACAGCCCAAGUGGUCCGCAGCGGCAAUAACGAAACGGUUCCGACGGCCGAGAUUGUUCCUGGCGACCUGGUCGAGCUUAAGACGGGCGACACGAUCCCCGCUGACGUGCGUCUUAUCGAGGCCGUUAACUUUGAGACCAACGAGGCCCUCCUCACCGGCGAGUCGCUACCUGUCCGAAAGGAAAUUGCGAGCGUCUUCUCCGAUGACACUGGCCCUGGCGAUCGUCUUAAUGUUGCCUAUAGCUCUUCCACUGUCACCAAGGGCCGAGCCCGUGGUAUUGUCUUCGCCACUGGUCUGUACACGGAAAUCGGCCAAAUUGCCGCUGCUCUGCGUGGUAAAAAUUCGCGCCGUCGCGAGCCCAAGCGGCGCGAAGACGGCAGCACCUCUUUCGGUCGCUAUGUCCAGGCUUGGACCCUGACUGGUAGUGAUGCCGUCGGGCGGUUCCUUGGUGUCAACGUCGGCACACCCCUUCAACGCAAGCUGGCCAAGCUCGCUCUGCUGCUUCUCGGCACCGCUGUCAUUUGCGCCAUCAUUGUCUUAGCUGCCAACGACUGGAAGUCUGACCAGCAAGUCGUCAUCUACGCCGUCGCUACUGGUGUUUCUAUGAUCCCGGCUUCCCUCAUCGUUGUUUUGACCAUCACCAUGUCGGCUGGCACCAAGCGCAUGGUUGAGCGCCACGUCAUUGUUCGUAACCUCAAGGCUCUCGAGGCUCUUGGUGGUGUCACUAAUAUCUGCUCCGACAAGACCGGAACCUUGACCCAAGGCAAAAUGAUUGUCAAGAAGGCUUGGAUUCCUGGUCGCGGCACCUACUCUGUCGGAACGACGAACGAACCCUUCAACCCUACUGAGGGUGACUUGGGCCUCAACCCCGAAGAGCCUCGCAACAUUGACUUCACUUCCAAGGAAGCCGACGGUGAGGUCUUUGAUGGUCACGAGCUUGUGAAGAAGGACACCACUCUCCGCGAAUACCUCAACGUCGCCUCUCUCGCGAACUUGGCCUCGGUUACCCAGGUUAACAAUGAAUGGCACGCACGCGGCGACCCAACCGAGAUUGCUAUCCAGGUGUACGCGUCCCGCUUUGGCUGGAACCGCCUGGGUCUGUCCACCGGCGAGAACGCUCAGUGGAAGCAGGUUGCUGAAUUCCCCUUUGACUCGGAUGUCAAGAAAAUGUCCGUCAUCUUCAACGACAGCCACGCCAACAAGCAGCAUGUCUUCACCAAGGGCGCCGUGGAGCGCGUUAUCGGUUCUUGCCCCCGUUAUCAGUGUGGCGACGAGAUCAUCGACUUCCCCGAGUCUGUGAGGGAGGAAGUCCUCAAGAACAUGGUCGCCAUGGCUUCGCUUGGUCUUCGUGUCCUUGCCCUUGCCUCCCGCACCGAUUUCCGUCACGUCGACGACAACGAGGCCGAACUCGAGCGCAGCGAGUUUGAAGAGAACCUUGUAUUUCGUGGUCUGGUUGGUCUCUAUGACCCUCCCCGUCCCGAAUCCGCCCCGUCUGUCCGCUCCUGCCACCAGGCUGGCAUUGGUGUUCACAUGCUCACGGGCGACCACCCUGAGACUGCUCGUGCCAUCGCCCUCGAAGUCGGCAUCCUGCCAUCGCGUAUCAACGAGAUUGCUGCUGAUGUGGCCAAGACCAUGGUGAUGGCUGCCUCCGACUUUGAUAAGCUCACUGACGAUGAGAUUGACAAACUGCCUCUGUUGCCUCUUGUCAUUGCUCGCUGCGCCCCCCAGACCAAGGUCCGUAUGAUUGAGGCUCUGCACAGACGCAAGGCCUUCGUCGCCAUGACGGGUGAUGGUGUGAAUGAUUCUCCCUCGCUCAAGCGUGCCGACGUCGGUAUUGCCAUGGGUCAAGCUGGAUCCGACGUGGCCAAGGAGGCUUCCGAUAUUGUUCUCACAGACGACAACUUCGCCUCUAUCCUCAACGCUGUGGAGGAGGGCCGCCGCAUGUUUGAUAACAUUCAAAAGUUUGUCCUCCACGUGUUGGCGGAGAACCUUGGCCAGGCCCUCACCUUGCUCAUCGGUCUCUUGUUCAAAGACAAAGACCAAAUCUCCGUGUUCCCUAUCUCGCCCGUCGAGAUUAUGUGGAUCAUCAUGAUUACUUCUGGUUUCCCUGACAUGGGUCUUGGUUUCGAAGUCGCCGUGCCUGAUAUCAUGGACAGGCCUCCCCAGAACUUGAAACAAGGCGUCUUCACCCCCGAACUGCUGUGCGACAUGGUUGUCUACGGCCUCUGGCUCGCUGCUCUGUGCCUGACGGCCUUCACCCUCGUUCUCUUUGGCUGGGGUGCCGGCAAAGCUGACAUUGGCACCAACUGUAACGAACGGAUCGAAAAUGGUUGCGAGAUUGUGUUCCGUGCGCGUGCCACAACAUUCGCUGCACUUACCUGGUUCGCCUUGUUCUUGGCCUGGGAGAUGGUGAACAUGCGCCGCUCCUUCUUUCGCAUGCAGCCUGGCAGCAAGAAGUAUUUUACGCAGUGGUUCCACGAUGUCUGGCGCAACCAGUUUCUCUUCUGGGCUAUCAUCGGUGGCAUCGUCACCAUGUUUCCUAUCCUCUAUAUUCCUGGCCUUUCCGACUACGCCUUCAAGCACACCGGCAUCGACUGGGAGUGGGGUAUCGUGUUUGUGGAGUCGAUUCUGUUCUUUAUGGGUAUUGAGGCCUGGAAGUUCGCCAAGCGUGUCUACUUCCGCCGCAAGGCCAAGCACGCCAGCAAAGGCGUCGACCUCGAGACGCGCACCUUUGGCCACUACUUCACCAUCGGCCAGUCAAGUGAGAGUGGAAGCGCGGAUGCCGAGAGCGAUGCUGAGAAGGCUGCCCUCAAGCGGUCAUCUCGCAGCGACAACAUUGAUGAUGAGAAGAAGGCAACUGUCUGAGGCUCUUAAUCU